GCCUUAGAGGCAAGUCUGCGACAGCUCUGUGAACUGCUUGAAGCUGAUGAGGUUAUUCUAUUUGAGCGGGCAACAUUUUUAGAAAUCACUUGCAGCUCACGAAGAUCAUAUCCAGAUGAACACAGAUGUGAUAAAAUCAGUAACAUUAUCAAACAGUUCAAGCUUUCUUGUAGCAAAAUCGGAGCGAAUUUUACUGCAAUCGAACUGAGGAAUCAGUAUUUUGCUGCCUUUGUAGACAUAUUUACUUCGAAUACUUAUAUCAUGGUUAUUAUGUCUGAUCCCACCAUUGGUUUUCGAGCCUACUGA